UCUGAAAAUAGUGAAAUGUUGUGUUUGUGUCGCGUAUUGUGUGUUUAUUUCUAAUUAAUUUGUAUUUUAAAUUUUUAUUUUUCAAAUUGUGAUUUGUUUUAUUUUAGAAAUAUUUUAAUUGUUUAAGUUUUUAUAAAGUUGAAAAAUUGAAAAAUGUGGGUUGAUUAUUGAGGAUUGUAUUUAAAAAAAUUUUUUUAAGAAAGUCGACUAAAGUUCAUUUGUAAUAUAAAUCUUUUUUGUAAUUAUCUUAUAAAUUGAGAAAAAACAAAAACUCAUCGUAUACAUAGAUACAUAAAUAUUUUAGAAUGCCCUCAAAUAGCGGAUAUGAAAAGGAAGAUAAUGAUGGAACUAAACCCGAAAUUGAUAACAAUGUUCAUUUAAAUCUUGGUGAUACAAAUAGAAGUCCUACAAAUGAAUCAGCAUAUCUUAGAACUUCAGUUUUAGAUUCAUAUCUAAAUGAAUCUCAAGAUGUUCGAAUACCGGAUGUUGAUAGAACCAAAUUUAGUUUUCGAAAACUUUGGGCUUUUACAGGCCCUGGGUUUUUAAUGUCAAUAGCAUAUUUAGACCCAGGUAAUAUAGAGUCCGAUUUACAAUCUGGUACAUUGGCGAAAUAUAAACUUCUAUGGGUUUUACUUAGCGCAACUGUACUAGGUCUUGUUAUGCAGCGUUUAUCAGCACGGUUAGGUGUUGUUAGCGGAUUACAUUUAGCUGAAAUGUGUUACAGAAAAUAUAAAACAGUACCCAGAUUAAUAUUAUGGAUAAUGAUUGAAAUUGCUAUCAUUGGAUCAGAUAUGCAAGAAGUUAUAGGAACAGCAACAGCUAUAUAUUUGUUAUCAAACAAACUCAUACCAUUAUGGCUAGGCACUUUAAUAACUGUGAUAGAUACGUUUACAUUUCUAUUUUUGGAUAAUUACGGAUUAAGAAAACUGGAAGGUUUUUUUGGAUUUCUUAUAAUGGUUAUGGCUGUAACUUUUGGAUAUGAGUCAGUUGUUAGCAAAGCUGAACCAACAGAAGUUUUAGAAGGUAUGUUUGUGCCGUGGUGCAAAGGUUGUGGCUCCGAUGAACUAUUACAAGCUGUUGGGAUCGUAGGUGCAGUGAUUAUGCCACAUAAUUUGUAUUUGCAUUCAGCUUUAGUAAAGUCAAGAGACGUUAAUCGACAAAGACCUUCAGAAGUUCGUGCCGCAAAUUAUUAUUUUUUUAUCGAAACUUGUUUAGCUCUUUUUGUUUCAUUUGUUAUUAAUGUUUUUGUAGUGACAGUUUUUGGUCAUGGGCUAUAUGGCGUUAAAAAUAUUGAUGUUGUUAAUUCUUGCGCUAACACAAGUUAUUACGAUGAUGCUUUGAAAUUAUUUGAAAAUAAUACUGACCUUGUAAAAGCUGAUUUAUAUAAAGGUGGUAUAUUUCUUGGUUGUACAUUUGGUAGUGCUGCAUUGUAUAUAUGGGCAGUCGGAAUAUUAGCUGCAGGUCAAAGUUCUACUAUGACUGGCACAUAUGCUGGUCAAUUUGCCAUGGAAGGUUUUUUAAAUUUGCAAUGGCCAAGGUGGAGAAGAGUUUUAGUUACAAGAUUUAUUGCAAUUGUUCCAACAUUUUUAGUAGCAUUUUAUAGUAGUAUUGAAGAUUUAACUGGAAUGAAUGAUUUACUGAAUGCUGUCAUGGCAUUACAAUUACCUUUUGCUGCAAUUCCAACAAUAGCGUUCACUUCAAGUUCCGAUAUUAUGGGCGAAUUUGUAAAUGGGGUGGGAAACAAAGUAGUUUCAAUUCUACUGACUAUCGUUGUUAUUAGUAUAAAUAUAUUUUUUGUUGUUUCUCAAAUAAUGGAGCAUCACUUAGGAAGUGGAUACAUAGUUUUAAUAGCUUUUGUAGCAGUAGCGUACAUAAUAUUCAAUUUUUAUUUGAUAAUUCAUAUGGCUGCCAAUAUGGGCCACAAUAAACUGAGUAACAUGACUGUUGUCCAAAAAUAUGUCUUACCAGAUCCAAAUAGUGCUCAAGAAAAUAGUGGCUCACCAUAUACAAGAUUUCUACCAGAUUAGUUCAAUCGUAUGAUGAAUUGAACAUAGGCUUAUAACAACGAUUUGGCAGAAAUGGAAUCUUGCUGAGCUAUUUUUUUUUAAUGCUGUAUUUUAUUUAACUGAGAUAAUAAAAUUUUAUGAAAAAAUUAAAUUUAUUACAUAAAACAUU